AUGUUCCGCGCAGCAAGUGCAGCAGUCCGGGCGACGACGACGGCAACCAUGGCGGUGGCUCCGGCUGUGACUGCUCGAGUCAGCUCAGCAAGCAAGACGUCGGCGACGACGACGACGACGGCAAAGGCGACGGCGGCGGCCUCAGCCACGUCAGCCAUGGGUGGCAACCGGCUGGUGGCUGGUGGCAGCCUUCUCGGUUCGGGCAACUAUGCCAAUGGCGGAAAUGUGCCAUUUGCCGUUCACAUGCGGUCGUCAGCCAACGGCAACGCGUCGUUUGGUGGCAUGACCGGUCAGAAGCGAUUUGCUACCGGAUGGGCGACGACGGCUCUCUCGCCUACCUCGCCGUUCUCGGCCACGGUGGGUCUGGAUGACGAGCAGUUGAUGUUCUACGAGACGGCGGCUGCCUUUGCUGCCGAGAACAUUGCUCCGCAUGCAAGCAAGUGGGAUGCCGAGUCCAUCUUCCCCAAGGACGUCGUCCAUGAGCUCGGCAACCUCGGCUUUGGUGCCAUGUACACCUCGGAGGAGCACGGUGGCUCGGGCGCGUCGCGUCUUGACGCUGCUCUGGUCUUUGAGGCCCUCUCCAUGGGCUGCCCGGCCACGUCGGCCUACCUCUCCAUUCACAACAUGUGCACGUGGAUGGUCGACUCGUUUGGCUCGGACGAGCUCCGCGCCGAGUUUGUCCCGCGCAUGGCCACCAUGGAGGCCCUCGGCUCGUACUGCCUCACCGAGCCCGGCUCGGGCUCGGACGCCGCUGCGCUGCGGACCACCGCCGUGGUCUCGUCGACCGACGAAGACGUUUACGUGCUCAAUGGCGAGAAGGCGUUCAUCUCGGGCGCCGGCGAGACCGAUGUCUACCUCAUCAUGGCCCGCACCGGCUCCGAGUCGGGCGCCAAGGGCGUCUCGUGCUUCCUCGUCGACGCCGAGUCGGAUGGUCUCUCGUUUGGCGGCAAGCUCGACAAGAUGGGCUGGAACGCGUCGCCGACUCGCCCAGUCAUUAUGCAGGACGUCAAGGUCCACAAGUCGCGCAUGCUCGGCGCGCCCGGCGAGGGCUUCAAAAUCGCCAUGAAGGGUCUCGACGGCGGGCGCAUCAACAUUGGUGCCUGCUCCAUCGGCGCCGCCGCCGCCUCGGUUGGCAUCGCCCGUGAGUAUGUCCUCGAGCGCACCGCCUUUGGCAAGCCGCUCGCCCGCUUCCAAAACACCGAGUUUGUCUUUGCCGACAUGGCCGCCAAGCUCCGGACCUCGCGCCUCGCCAUCCGCGACGCCGCCAAGCUCCUCCACGAGCGCUCGCCGCUUGCCACCUCGUCGGCCGCCCUCGCCAAGCUUACCGCCACCGAGCAGUGCUUCGACGUCAUCAACUCGGCGCUGCAGACCCUCGGCGGCGCCGGCUACGUCGCCGACUACCAGAUCGAGCGCUACCUUCGCGACGCCCGCGUCCACUCGAUCCUCGAGGGCUCGUCCGAGAUCAUGCGCCUCGUCACCGCUCGCGCUAUCUUUGCUGACCAAUGA